AUGCGACUCGCACAUCCAUCAUUCCACUGCGACGAUGAGCGGCCAGAACGACGUUCACACGCCUGCGUCAGAGUCACUUUCGGUGCCGAUACGGAUGCCACCGUCACCGCUGGUGUGUGGUGAAGCGUUAUGCUUUGUAGACCUUGACGCCCCAACAACAUCCACAACAAGGAGAGAACAAGGACAGGCUGCGGAGCUGCUGGACGAAUCUGCUGCCAGCAAGCUCGCCCGCUUAG